UGGACCAACUUUAAACUUUCGAAACCUCUAUAUAAAGACACUAAAUGCACCAUGAAAUUCAUUCAAACCUUUCAAACAAUAUGGCUUCUCAUUUGUUCCUUAUCUUAGCAUUUUGGUCGCUUUUUGUGAGUCCGAUUGUAAUCAAUGGCUACUCACCGAAAGAAAUAAUACAGAUGUGUAGCAAAACACCGAACCCUAAGCCUUGCGAGUAUUUCUUUACGAAUAACCCUAACUAUGGUCCUAUCGAUAACGACCAAGAUUUUCUUAAAGCGUCGCUGAAGCUAGCUCUAGAUAAAGCCAUGCAAGCCGAUCAGACCGCCAAGAGCCUCGGCUCCAAGUGUCACAAUAAGCUCGAAACGGCUGCAUGGGACGAUUGUCUAAAGCUCUACGAUUAUACAAUCAAGCGAAUCAACAAAACCGUCGAUCCUUCCAAGAAGUGCAGCCAGCUCGAGACUCAAACAUGGCUCAGCACCGCAUUGACGAAUCUCGAAACAUGCCGAAUGGGUUUUAUUGAGCUAGGAGUUGGGAACAAUGUGUUACCCUUGAUGGACAACAAUGUCUCGUAUUUGAUUUCCAACAGCCUGGCUAUGAACAAAGGGAACUUGACUUAUAAGCCGACUUAUAAGGGUAAGUUCCCCACAUGGGUCUCGCCCGGGGACCGGAAGCUCCUCCAGGCUUCUUCGCCCGGUGCGGGGGCGAAUGUCGUGGUGGCGCAGGAUGGCUCGGGGAACUACAAGACGGUGGCGGCUGCGGUGGCGGCUGCAAAAUCGGGAAGUGGUAGGUUUGUGAUAUACGUCAAGGCGGGUACGUAUAAUGAAAAUGUUGUGAUAAGUGCGAGUAAUAUUAUGCUGGUGGGAGAUGGUAUUGGGAAGACUGUGAUCACUGGAAGCAGAAGUGUAGACGGAGGCUCCACCACAUUCAAUUCGGCUACUGUCGCUGUGGAAGGGGACGCAUUUAUUGGCCGUGGGAUCACCUUCCGAAACACAGCCGGAGGCCAAAAUCACCAGGCCGUGGCACUCCGCUCCGGCUCAGAUCUCUCCGUAUUCUACCAAUGCAGCUUCGAAGGAUACCAAGACACUCUCUACGUCCAUUCCGAAAGACAAUUCUACCGAGACUGCGAUAUCUACGGGACUGUCGAUUUCAUAUUCGGAAACGCAGCUGUCGUGCUCCAAAACUGUAACAUCAGGCCCCGAAAACCCCCGAAUGGCACCAACACGAUCACCGCUCAAGGCCGAACCGAUCCGAACCAGAACACCGGAAUCGUCAUCCACAAUUCCAGGAUUAGUCCAGCUAGUGAACUCGCAUCAGUUCAAGGUUCAGUGAAGACAUACCUCGGGAGGCCGUGGAAGCAAUAUUCGAGAACAAUUAUUAUGAAGACCGCAAUCGAUGGAUUCGUGCGUCCCGAAGGCUGGAUGCCGUGGAGUGGUAACUUUGCGCUCGACACAUUGUUUUAUGCGGAGUAUGCAAAUACCGGUGCGGGUGCAUCCACUGCGAAUCGGGUCACUUGGAAAGGCUAUCGGGUUUUCACUAGCGCUACUCAAGCUUCUCCGUUUACAGUUGGGAAUUUCAUUGCUGGAAAUUCAUGGCUGCCAGGCACCAACGUGCCUUUCACUGCUGGUCUCUAAAUUUUUUUUUUUAUAAGAUUGAUAUAAUGUUGUAUAUUUAUUGAAUAAUGUUGGUUUAUUAUUUCUCCAACUAUUGGUAUAGUAGAUAAUGUUUGUACGUAAAAUCAAAUUUUUCGGGAAAUAUACGAGAAAAAGUUUUUAUUUGCUAA